GCCGCUACUGUCCAAAUUAAAAGUAACGGGCAUAAAAAAAGGAUAUUACACAUUUGUUAGGUGGCUCAUAACGUGAUUAAUGAUUUAACUUCAUCAGCAAAGAGGAUAAAAAACAAAAAGUGCUUAAAAUAUCAAAGAAAAUGACAAAAAGGUGUGAUUUUUAUAGUGCAAGCUGUACAAGGCGAGGUCAGUCCGGUUGAUUUAUUAAGAUUCAGAAAGGCUGUUUUGCAGAUUCAGAGAGAAGAUGCCGAGGAGCAGAUUUGCAGGUUCACUCACUUCGCCGAAGGUCGACGUUGUUAUCGACAUGGGCAAUCCCUUCCUCAAUCACACUGUCGAUGCUUUCUUGAAGAUUGGGACGGUAGCUGCUGUCAAAACUGCAGCUGAGGAAUCUUAUUACAUGGUAGAACGAGGAAGGGUUUCACAGGACAAACUUUCACAUUCGUUAAAGAAAAUGUGCAAAGAAGGCGCUUAUUGGGGGACUGUAGCUGGAGUAUAUGCUGGAAUGGAGUUCGGGGUGGAGAGAAUCCGAGGAGAAAGAGAUUGGAAGAAUGCAAUGAUAGGGGGUGCACUGACUGGGGCACUUAUAUCUAUUGCCAGCAGCGAAAACAAAGAGAAAAUUGUAAAGAGUGCCAUAACAGGUGGUGCUCUUGCAACUGCAGCAGAAUUCCUCAAUUAUCUCAAGUGAAGCAUGGAAAAUAAAUUAUGUCUUAUGGCCCAAUAAUGGUUCCAUGCAUGUAAUGUUUGUUCCUCUUUGUUGGCUAUGUAAGAUUCAUAAGACAAAACACAACUUUGCCUUGGAGAACAUUGGUGGCAGCUGGCAAGCUUUAUUCUCUCACAAUGUUUAACAUGUUCCCUCAAGGCCUCAGGCCCUCAACAUUGAGUGGUCAUUUGUCAACACUAGGAAUUUAGUGUAGCCUGAGCUUGAGUUAGGAAUGAGCAGGAAAACUAUUUCUUUAAUAUAAAUUUUUAUAAAAGAAGUUGUCCUAAAUAGGAAUAAAAACGUUUGAGAAUUUCAAAAUAGGAGUAUUAUAUUUUUAUUCUAUAAUUUUG